AAAAGUGCUUGUGUAAAACGUCAUCCACUUCAGUCCUUCACGACGUCACGGAUUCGUGUGUGUUUGGCGGGAGUGUCAAAUUAUUGCAAUGGCGUCAACACAAGAACUGAAGUCUGUAAUCAAGGAAACUCUGGAAAAUAGAGGUGUUCUGGGACAAAUCAAGGCAAGGAUUCGAGCGGAGGUGUUCAAUGCACUAGAAGAUCAAUCUGAAGAAAAGCCACCUCUCUCCAAUGAGAAUCUUAUCAUUAAUGAGUUGAUACGAGAAUACCUGGACUUCAACAAAUACAAAUAUACUUCAUCUGUGUUAUUAGCAGAAUCAGGUCAACCAACGAAGCCUUUGGAUAGAGAGUUUUUAGCCAGUGAACUUAACAUUUUGACAGAUAGUCCAUCAUCACCUGUACCUUUGCUCUAUCAUCUAGUGGGGCAUUUCCAGAGCCAGUCCCGAAGGAUAAAACAACAGGCAGUGUAUGAUGGGACAGGAUCUGAACAAGAGCCGUUAGUAGUACAUGGAUGAAGAUGAAUAAGACAAGCCAGGUCUUCAUAUUGUGAACGGAAUCAGUUGGACACAGUUGCACAUAUACCCAUAUGUGCUUGAGGAUGUCAAAGUGAAAUAUCUUCAUUAGGUAUUAAGGACACAAACUCGUUAAAAGCCAUACCGGUGUCUUGUUGUGAGACCAUGCCCCAUGGCCAGUGAGCUUUCCUGACAUGCUUGGUGGAACCUCCCUUAUUCCAGGCUUUUUUCCAUGUAUAUGUGUCUGGUAUGAUACUAAACAUUAAUUCUGGCAAGUUUCCCCAAGUCCAUCAUAACACCUGCAUGCUAUUAUAUUUUGGAGUACAGCACUAACAACAAUCAAGCAAGUAAAACAGAUCUGAAACAGGCUUUUUUGCAAGAAACUGUUGAUUGAGCAUGGUAUGAAUUUCACAUAAAGAAGUCAGAAUUUAACAAUGGUAUUAUGAUUGUAUACAGGUGUCCUCUUAGGGUUUGUGUAUUUUGACAGUGUCAUUGUUCCAAUGAAAACUGUUUUACAAUUUAUUUUCAUCUAAUUGUAUAGCAUCUAGUAGAAAACACACAUUUUUACAUGAUUUUUUUGUAAAUGUAGGUACAGAGUUUGGUAAUUGAUUUAAAUGUUGACAAAUCACAGGUCAGUUGAAACCCUGCUUGUUUAACUCAACUGACCGGACAAACAUCUCAUUGGCCUUGGACUUGUGUAUCAUGGGAUGUCCUGGAAAUGACAAACUGCUACAUGCUGAUGUAACACUUCCAAACAUUAAGAGCUGUACUUUAUCAAUAAAAAUGUAUAUCUAUAUUUCAUUG